UCCGACAUUAUCGGGUACAUCUCGCUUUCAUGCUGGGUGGUUGUCAUGUUCCCACAAAUAUGGCUCAACUACAGGCGCAAGAGCGGCGAGGGCGUCAGCACUAUGAUGAAUAUUGCCUGGGUUGUUGGUGAUCUCUUCAACAUCACCGGCGCCGUCAUGCAGAACCUGGUGCUGUCCACCAUCCUCAUCGGCUCGUACUAUAUCCUGGUGGACGUCACCUUGCUGUCGCAGACGUUUUACUACCGCAUCUUUUACAAUGCCCACCUGAGACGGGUGCGGCGGUGCACAGCGCGCUCAUCGGCAACGAGCAUGGCUCUGGGGCUGUGGAUUACCAGGGGUACGAGCCGAUUGAUGGCUCGGACGCCGACGGACAUGAUAGCACGCUCCAGCGUCACGUGCCAGCCUGUCGUUGCAUUGUUCCUUGGCCUGCUUGCAGUAGGCGGCUUGGUGACUGUCGUAGUCAAGAACCACCACGAGACAGCCCCAGGCAUCCCCGCCUGUGGACCCGUCGCCCUGUCAAGCAGAUCAUCGCCCAGGCCUAUGGGCACUGUAUCAGCCAUUGUCUACAUCAUGUCCUAUGUGCCGCAGGCUAUCCAGAACUACCAGCGCAAGAGCGUCGAGGGCCUAUCGAUCUGGCUGUUCAUUCUGUCGUUGAUCGCAAACGUCACAUAUGCGCUGGCCAUUCUGGUGGUCUCGCUCGACCCGCACUACCUGGCGCCGUACGUGCCCUGGCUGCUGGGUGCUUUGGUCCCGUGCAUCAUCCACUUUGUCAUUCUGUACCAAUUCAGGAUCUAUCCUUCGCAGUAA